UCCCUUCCUCCUUGGGCACAGCGGAAGCGGAAGUGAGCCCGCGUCGCCAGGGCUGAGAGCGGUGGAGAGGCUUGCUCGGUUGCUAGGCAACAGCCAGGCCGGACAGCGGAGAGAGUGCAGCUGUUAUCAGUGCCAUUAUGCCCAGCCCUCGAAGUAGCCCAAAGAGUAGCCAUGAGAGACGAGCUUAUGGCAACAAGCUGGAAUUCCUAUCGCUGACAAGUAUGAGGAACCCAGGCCCUCCAGAAAGUCCAUCUCGCCGUAGGGAAUGUACAUCCAGCACGGGGCCUCCACAGGCCCUGCCUGAAGAAGACUGCAUGAAACUGAACCCAUCUUUUGUGGAUAUUGCCCUGCGCUCUUUGUUGGCCAUUGAUCUUUGGGCCUCUAAAAAGCUUGGGGUGUGUGCCGGAGAGAGUUCUGCUUGGGGCAGUGUCCGUCCUCUUAUGAUAGUCGUAGAGAUCUCCGGACAUGGCAUUCCUUGGCUAGCUGGCACACUCUAUGGGCUUUGUCGAAGUGGUAGCUCAGCAGGACGCGAGGUGCUGCUCAACUUGCUCUUUGCACUGGUGCUCGAUCUAGUUUUGGUGGCAGCAGCAAAAGGACUGGUAAAACGAAGGCGCCCGGCUCACAACAAGAUGGACAUGUUCGCCACUGUCUCCGUGGAUAAAUACUCCUUUCCAUCAGGCCACGCUACCAGAGCUGCUUUAGUUUGCAGAUUUAUUCUUCACCAUCUUGUGCUAGCCCUCCCUUUGCGAGUGCUGAUUGUGCUUUGGGUUUUCAUAGUGGGAAUCUCCCGGGUCAUGCUGGGAAGACACAAUGUAACAGAUGUUCUCUUUGGGCUACUAAUGGGCUACAUGCAGUACAGCCUGGUGGAGUAUUUCUGGCUGUCUCCAGUCACUGCCCCUGGUCUCUUUAUGUUGUGGAGUUGAUAGUCCUUAGUGAACAAGUAUACUAGCUCCACAACAAACCAUUAAAAAUCGUUAAGCUUCAUCUAAUCAGCAAUAUGAAUUUGUUGGAACUAGCAAAAUCAUCUUGAGAGGAUAUACGGGCUGCUUUGGCUCAAACUAACUCAUCUUGCUUUAUAAACGUGUUGUUGGGAUGGAGCAUGAGCCAACUCGUAAAAUUGCACAAAUCGUUGUAUAGUCAAACUGUGUUACUUUUGAGAUGACAUUCUAGUACAGCUCUGGAGUCAACUAGUCAGUCAUUUCUUAAGGUUUGUGAAUAGCUGCAAUACAGUAAAUGAUAAAAUCAUGGUCUGCCUGUAACACUGCCAGUACAUCAUAUUUGGUAGGUAUGUUUAUUACACUGUGAUUGUUUAAUAGAUAUUUUGUCAGAUGGAUUCUGUAAGCUGUAUAUAUUGCAAUUGAUGCUGGUGACUUAUUUUUGAACUUGUAUUUAUAGCAUGUUUUAUGGGAAUUUAUUUGUUUACAGAUUUGACAGGCUUUCAUCUUCAGAUUUGAAUACUUUCUUUCACAUAUCAUUCUUUCUUAGCAGUUUCACUUAACUGCUUUCCUAAUUCGUUUUUCUCAUGCAACCGCCUCCUAACAAGAAAUAUAAAAAAUUCAGGCGUCAUGUCAAAGAGUAAAAAAAUGUUGAAAAAAAAAGAUUUUGGCAGCUUCAGGUGAAGGAAGUGGCUCACUUAGCAGCCAACUCACACCUACUACAAUAAUGUAACAUUGUAAGAUUUAUUGUAGUUGGAAGAUAUCUGAUUAUUUCAGCAUUUAUUUGACAUUUUUGUCAAUGGAAAGUGAGUUAAAGUAGUCUAAGGCUCCUUUCACACAGCUGAAUAAAAUCCCACAUUUUCAGCUUUGAAUUGGAAUAUAUGGCAGUGUGGACUCAGGUAGCCCAGUUCAAAGCAGAUAUUAUGCCUUUAUAUUCUGGGUUAUGUGGCUGUGUGGAAGGGCCCUUACAAUGUGUAUUACUGCAAAAAUACACUUAAUGUUCCUACAGCUUGGAUUUUAGGUGCAAUGAAUGAAGGUCUACACAAAUUUGAGAUACUGUUCCUUAAAUUCCAGAUAGCUUUUUGCCUCAUUUCAUCUAGUGAUCUCAUUACCAUGAUUUAUUAUUGUAUUAUUAUCAUUUAGAUCCCACAAUGCUUGCUUACAGUCUGAGCUAGUUCCCAUGUGUCAAAAGACAUUAUGAAAUUGAAGGAACACUAUGAAAACUCAUUUUACUCUCAGCAUGGGCAGUACAGUCCUGUUUCAAAGAUGAAGG